AUGAACUACUCGUUGCUAGAAAGGACAUGUUGUGCCUUAGCGUGGGCAGCUCACUGUUUGAGGCAGUAUAUGUUGAGUUACACUACUUGGUUGGUGUUUAAAAUGAAUCUCGUCAAGUACAUCUUAAAAAAACCCGCUCUUACUGGGAGAAUAGCUCGGUGGCAGGUCUUCUUGUUAGAAUUCAAUAUCAUCUACCUCACUCAUAAGACAAUAAAAGGGAGCACCUUAGCAGAUUAUCUAGCUCAGCAACCCAUAAACGAUUAUCAACCUAUGCAUCCAAAAUUCCCUGACAAGGGUAUUAUGGCCCUGUUUGAGGAGGAGGUUGAAGAUGAAGACAGAGAUAAGUGGGUUGUGUGGUUUGACAGUGCGUAUAAUGCAUUAGGUCAUGGAAUUGGGGUGGUGUUGGUUUCGCCGGACAAACAAUGUUUGCCUUUCACGACUAGGUUGUGUUUCGAUUGUACAAACAAUAUGGCAAAGUACGAGGCAUGCGCCCUAGGGAUCCGAGCGACGAUUGACUUUAGGGUCAAGUUGCUCAAAGUAUAUGGGGACUCGACGUUGGUAAUUCAUCAGUUGAAAGGUGAAUGGGAAACCAGAGACUACAAGUUGGUGCCUUACCAGGCUUACAUUAGGGAAUUGAUGAAACCCUUUGAUGACAUAUCAUUUCAUCACAUUCCUAGAGAGGAAAACCAGAUGGCCGACACCCUUGCCACUCUAUCGUCCAUGUUCAAAGUAAGCCCUCACGGAGAUUUUCCAUGCAUCGACAUUAGAUGUCGUGUUAAGCCUACACACUGCUGUUUGAUAGAAGAAGAAGAGGAUGGUAAAACUUGGUACUUCAAUAUCAAACGAUACAUUAAGGACAAGGAAUACCCACCUAAGGCCUCUAACAAUGACAAGAGGACAUUACGGAGGUUGGCAGCCAAUUUCCUUCUGAGUGGGAAUGUCUUAUAUAAAAGAAACCAAGAUAUGGUGUUGCUUCGAUGUGCGAAUGCAAAAGAGGCCGAACAAAUACUAUUGGAGGUGCAUGAGGGAUCCUUUGGUACCCAUGCCAAUGGACAUGGCUUGAAAGAUUUUGAGGGCGGGAUAUUACUGGCUCACUAUGGAGAACAGUUGUUGUGUUCACGUGAGGAAAUGUCAAACCUUCACUGA